CCAAGCCCUCAAGUUGACAUACAGGUUUUGUACCUUGUGGGCCACAUCCUACAUAGGUCUCUGAUUGAAUGGAACAAACUGUACUUGUUGCCGUGGACUCUGAAAAUUCCCACAAAAACCGAUAAAGAGGCUCCCCUCUGGCCAAUCUCGAUCCAUUCCAUUGGUUCCCAUCCAAUCAUAGAAUUACUUGAGUUCAGAUGAGCCAUCAAUUGAGUAACCCAGAAAUGUCUGGAGCUUCUCAAGCUUCUCCUCGGUUAGCUAUUCCGGACGUGGACUUGAUUGGGAACGCUCCUGUGGAAGACGAUGACAUGCCGGAAGCCACGGCCGACUAUCGUCGGUCCAAUCGGCGAAAUCACCGGCAAAAUGGCUUGAGUGAAAACCAAUCCAAUGCCCGGACUUACAGCAUAUCUUUUCGGGACGAUGGCGGGAGUUUUAUCGAAGAAAUCGGCAGGAGGUCCGAGAAUCGCAAUCAGAGACGGGAUCCAAAUCAGCGGUUCAGACGAAACUCUGUGACCAUUACAAAUAGAAUGGCUGUUGAACCCUCUACCGAGGACGAAUCCGCGCCCUUAUUGUCACAAAGCGUUGGUUCUCCGUCCUACAGUUCCAUGAAGGACACCUUCGCCACUGAAGGUGCCCCAGUUGUCAAUAAGGACUCGACUCCGUUCAUAUUUUGCAUCCAUGGCAAUAAAUAUGGCGUGGCUCGAUGUUGUGAGGAUAUUGCCAACGACAGUAUACCCCAUUCUGGUCCCACCUCAUUAACGACGGAAUCUAUUGAAGGUGGGUUGACUAACAGGGGCUUCUCGUCUGUGGAGAUGGAACGAGGUCGUUUAGAUGACGAUGAGGCCAAUAGUGACUCCUCAAAAGGGUUACAUUGCCAUUCCCACGCCAAGCCCCAUGGAAUCGACAAGAAAGCUCGGAAUAAGCUUCUACUGGCACUUGUGCUCUGUUUUGUAUUCAUGAUUGUGGAAAUCGUUGGUGGAGUGAUUUCGGGCAGUUUGGCCAUCAUGACCGAUGCCGCCCAUUUGUUGACGGACGUCGCUGCCUUUUGUGUCUCUCUAUUUUCGAUUUACAUGGCUGGACGUCCAGCCACACAAACCAUGAGCUUCGGGUAUCAUCGGAUUGAGGUCUUGGGUGCGAUCGUGUCGGUGCUCUUGAUUUGGCUCGUGACUGGGGCAUUGGUCAUUGUGGCCAUUGAGCGCAUAAUCUCCGGGGAUUUUGAGAUCGAUGCCGGCAUUAUGUUGAUCACAAGUGGCUUGGGACUAUUGUUCAACGUUAUCAUGGGGUGCACCUUGCAUCAACACGCCCAUUCUCACGGGGGAUCCGAUGAUGGCCACAACCAUUCCCAUGGAGGUGGACAGAAUAUCAACGUAACAGCCGCGUACAUUCACGUCAUCGGGGACUUUAUCCAAAGCUUGGGCGUGUUUGUGGCUGCUCUCCUGAUCUAUUUCAUGCCCGAUUGGUACCUGGCCGAUCCCAUUUGCACGUUCCUGUUCUCCGUGCUGGUCUUGGCCACGACGGGCAACAUCUUGAAACGAACGCUUCAAGUUCUGAUGGAAGGUAUCCCCAAUGGCGUGAGCUUCCAAGUGGUUCAAGACACCUUGAACAACGUUGAAGGCAUUGUGUCUGUCCACAACAUCCGUAUUUGGAGUCUCACCACCGAGAAGAUUGCCAUGUCAGCUCAUUUGGCGAUAACUCCGGGAACGAAUGCUCAAAAUGUUUUGAUGGAAGCCUCCCAAAAGAUCCGGGUGAAGUACGAUAUUCAUGAAAUGACUUUGCAAGUGGAGAACUAUCAAGAAGACAUGCGAGAUUGUAGCAAUUGCCAAAACCCCGUCAAAUAAGAGCAAGUGAUGUGUAUUUUCAUUUACUCUUAAACUUUCUCAUUACAUUCCAAUGUCAAGUGUUGUAACCUUGGUAUCCAUAAUUUAUAAAUUUGUGAUAAUCCCUUGUAAUUAUUGUGAAUGAUGAUCCGUCCAAUGCCAAACGGACUCCGUCUACGUUUUCAUCCUAUUCCAGAUUUAGGAUACGAAAUACAUUCCCAUUUGGCGCCA